AUGAAAUGUCUCCUGCUUAUUGUCCUUCUAUCCACGUGGAUUUGUGUCUCACAGAGUAAGUUAAUCUGCUCCAAUGGAUUUCAAUUAAUGCCAAAUGGAAAGUGCUGGAUGCUUAUGAAACAAGCGAAAACCUAUAACGAUGCAAACGAUAUGUGCCGAUUCACGGACGGAUCGUUUAUGGUGCAACUGAAGGAUGAUACUGAUAACAAGCAAAUGCUCGAUUUUCUAGCAAAUUCUGAAUAUAAUAGUGUCUACUUGGGCAUGAGAUGGAAACUUCGAUGGGAUGAUAGGACAAUGCUUAAAAAUUAUAGCAGAUUAGACACUGGUUCCUCAGUUUCUCCAGCCCAGAAUUGUGUAAUGUUCAACGCCUUUCGAGGCGCGCAAUGGAACAGUUAUCCGUGUUACCAAACAUUGCCAUUUGUCUGUGAACAACCCUCCUAUGAAAGAGACUGCGCUCUAGAAUGUGGUGUCACCUACAACAACACUUGCUAUACAAUGAUGAACAAGAAAAUGAAGACAUUCGACAGUGCCCAGAGCGUAUGCGAACUCUACAAGAGCAAUUUGGUAUCGAUUAAUGCUUAUGACGAGUUUCGAUUCGUGGCAUCUCAAUUCAAACAACCUGGAUCGUAUUGGAUUGGGGGAAAGAUGAAUAGUGACCUGAGCAUUAAUUGGAUUGAUGGAUCGAAACACGAAUAUGAUCAGGGAGUAGUGUCCAAUGAUGGAAGGUGUUUGCAAUUUAAUAUUCUCGACAAUGGAAUUGGAUCGACGUAUGUUGGCAGCGAUUGUCAGGAUGAGAAAAUGUUCAUGUGUAAACGGCCGGUCGUUCCGUGUGAUAGUUGA